AUGGCUUCUUCACCUGAGUGUAUAACCUGGAUGGUUGUGGGCCUGACUGAAUCUGUCGCCAUAAUAACACUGAAUUCAUUGACAGAGAUUGCAUUUUGUAGAGAUCGUAAUCUUCGUAAACGAUCCACAUACUUGGUGAUAAACUUGACAGUUGCAGACAUGAUAUCCGGGGGAACUUCUACACUCGACCUCUUCUAUAAUGUUGGAGCGAUAUGUAACUUCUGGAGGUACAAUAUACUGUCUUGGUAUCAGAUACUACAGGUCUUACACCACUGGUUUCCUAUUGUUUCGUUAACGAAUAUGACUGUUAUUUCUCUAGAACGCCUGAACGCAACGUUUUGGCCCUUUAGACAUCGUACGAUCAAAAAGUCAGUCUACUGGGUUCUUAUCAUCGCUAUCUGGUUGACAGCACUACUUUUUUCAUGUGCGUUAAUAAUGAUUCAAUACUAUACACGUAAAUUGGACUAUUAUUUCUACGCAUGGAGUUCAUUCAUCUUCUUUUCUCUUUUGGUUAUUUGUGUCUCUAACGUUUUUAUUUUUGUCAAGCUUCGCUUUGGAAGUCAGCCUCGACACCAUGGCGCGGCAAAUAGGGAAAGGAAACUGACCGUUACGUUGUUCACCGCGACUUCUCUCUCACUCGUAUUGUGGCUGCCUUAUGUUAUAACUAGAUCUCUCUUUUUUGCUACUGACAUUUUCAGUUCAUUGUCUGAAAUAGCGCUUUUCCGUUUGCUAGGUGGUUCAAUUGUCUUGCUUUACGCAAACUCUUUUUUGAAUCCGAUAUUGUAUUCUAUGAGAAUACCAGAUUUUAGGCGAGCUUUAAAGAUAUUAUGUCGCCAACGACCUCAGCAACACAGACAGGUUCAGAACUUUCCCCUCCGUGAGAUUAAUCCACAAAAUUGAAUUUAACUAGUGUGGGGGAAAUGAACUUUCUCUAAGGUUCUUUGACUGUAGCUUUUGAUAAGAAGUGCUCUAAACUCUCCAACUUCUACAUUAAAUAAAAAAAAAAUGGAAAGGAAAAGAGUAGGAAAAUUGAAUCAAUCAGACUGCGUUUAGGAUCAUUUGUUAUUAAACGUGGUUCCUUUGUACGUUUCAUGUGUAAGGUUUCAUUUUGCAUUUUGUUCAUUUGAUUUUAUUUGAUUAUUUCCAUUUCCUUAGAUUUAGUUCUGCGUCAUUUCAAUUUUAGUUUGCGUGUGUUUAAGUUGAGUUCACGCUUUUUCCUACGUGAUUAUGUCAAGGCCGUUUUUUUCCACUUUGUUUCGCUUAGAUCGUUUCUAUCGCUUUUCCUUGAUUCGCUUCACGUUUUGUAGAGGUUGGCUGGAUUCUGGUUUUUGUCGAAGAAGUAAAUAUAAACACGUUAGAAAUUGUAACUGCAAUUUUAAUCAUAUUGCGCAAUUCAACAUUAUUAUAUUAUGUAAAUAAACAUUCAGGUAGUAGCUUGUCUUCACAAAAUAGCUUAACGCUUUACAUCCUCAAGUUAAUAUGCAUUUCUUCUAUACUGUUCUCGAUAUAUUUCCAGUGGAUAUGACAAGGAGAAUUUGUUAAGCAAUCAAGGGUUCUUAAGUUGAUGAUCAUUUCCUUUAUUCUCGUGACCUUUUUGUUUUAUUCAGGCGUGAUACUGUAAGGAGAAAUUAGAUAUAAGUCAAUCUUAGAGUUCAAAGGGUUAACAGCUAAAGGAUUUGUAGAUGAGCUAGAUGACCGCUCUUUAUCAAUUUGAAUAUACACAACAUCAGAAAAAAAGGAUGUGAUUAGCUAAGUUAUUUAGUUAUCUAUAUUAAUUAGUGGUAGUAAUAGGACUGAUUGGAGUCCAAUUUGGUCUGCAAUCAUACUUUGCUACCAAGAGUAUGAUUACAGACCAAAUUGGACCUUACGAAGUCUUAUUACCAAUAAAUUCUAAAGAGUACAAUUUGCGAGAAGAGAAGUAUAGCCUAGUUAAGAAAGAAAGAUAAAAUUUGCAUUAAAAGACUGAAAAGGAACUGGUGUUUCUAUGGUGAUUGAAACCGAGGCUGUAAUCGGUUGAUUUAAACUGCAUCUUUGAAUGUGAUUGGUUGAUUUAAACUACAACUUUGGAUGUGAUUGGCUUAUUGAACUGUCCCAUAACAAACUGUCCGAUAACAACUCGGCAAGUAAAUUAAAGGAAAAAUGUGAAUUUUUUUAACUAAUCACAGUCAAAGUUUUUAUGGUGAAGUUUGCCUAUCUGUUUGUCUCGCUUUAUUUACCUCAAACUUAGGGAAUAAAAAACGAGAGGAUAAGGAUCGGUAAACGGAGAACAGGGAAUAAAGAACGGGGAAGAGAAGUAGAGAACGGGGAACAGGUAACAGAGAACAGAGAACAGAGAACAGAGAACAGAGAACAGAGAACAGAGAACAGAGAACAGAGAACAGAGAACAGAGAACAGAGAACAGAGAACAGAGAACAGAACAGAGAACAGAGAACAGAGAACAGAGAACAGAGAACAGAGAACAGAGAACAGAGAACAGAGAACAGAGAACAGACAACAGAGAACAGAGAACAGAACAGAGAACAGAGAACAGAGAACAGAGAACAGAGAACAGAGAACAGAGAACAGAGAACAGAGAACAGAGAACAGAGAACAGAGAACAGAGAACAGAGAACAGAGAACAGAGAACAGAGAACAGAGAACAGAGAACAGAGAACAGAGAACAGAGAACAGAGAACAGAGAACAGAGAACAGAGAACAGAGAACAGAGAACAGAGAACAGAGAACAGAGAACAGAGAACAGAGAACAGAGAACAGAGAACAGAGAACAGAGAACAGAGAACAGAGAACAGAGAACAGAGAACAGAGAACAGAGAACAGAGAACAGAGAACAGAGAACAGAGAACAGAGAACAGAGAACAGAGAACAGAGAACAGAGAACAGAGAACAGAGAACAGAGAACAGAGAACAGAGAACAGAGAACAGAGAACAGAGAACAGAGAACAGAGACAGAGAACAGAGAACAGAGAACAGAGAACAGAGAACAGAGAACAGAGAACAGAGAACAGAGAACAGAGAACAGAGAACAGAGAACAGAGAACAGAGAACAGAGAACAGAGAACAGAGAACAGAGAACAGAGAACAGAGAACAGAGAACAGAGAACAGAGAACAGAGAACAGAGAACAGAGAACAGAGAACAGAGAACAGAGAACAGAGAACAGAGAGCAGAGAACAGGGAACAGGGAAUAGGGAAUAGGGAACAGGGAGCCGGGGACAGGGAACGGAGAACGGGAAACAAAGAACAGAGAACAGGGAACGGGAAACAGUAACGGGUAACAGGGAACAGGGAACAGGGAACAGGAAAAAGAGACCGAGGGAAGAGGGACCGAGGAACGGGGAACAGGGAAUAGGGACCUAGGAACCAGGAACAGGGAACAGAGAAAGGGAGGCAAGGAACGGGGAACAGUUUAUAGAUGACGGGGAGUGGAGAACGAGAAAUGGGGAAAAGGGGAAUAGAGAGAGAAAUUAUGCCUAUAUCGAUAUUUUAGUCGAUUUUUCGGUGAACCGUAACAAAAUAAUGAAAACCAGCCAAGUGUGUAUGGGAUAAAUUUCGGCCGCGGUAAAUAACUGAUUUGUUGCCUAAAACUAUAAUUAAUUAUUACUAAGUUCGGAUCUAGCGCACGCUGUCAUCAGUUGAUAGAGCGUGCCUUAUCAGAGUACAAAACACGGAGCUGAACUGUCACGCCAUCUGUUUAAUUAUCUGAUCAUUCCAGUCAUUUGUGAAAACAAUGUUAAUUUGUUAAAGAAAUACACCAACCGUGGUAAUUUUGAUUUGCUUUGAAUUUGUUUGGAUGAUUAACGAUUUUUUUUUUCUUUCUUUUAAUUCAAGCGCUACGACAAAGUAGCGAUGAGUCUCGCAACUCAGCACUUCUAUACGGCACAAGAAGAUAACAAUUUUUCCCUCUUUACAGCGAUUGUUGUGUUCCGCCACUUGGCACGUUUUGCUUUCCAGUUUGUUGACCGCUUUGCUAGUCGUGAGUCUUAGCUGCGUGUGCAAUGUCACUAAAAGCAUUAUCAGGCAACGGUGAAAGGGGACGGUGAACAGAGAACGGGGAGCAGAAAAUAAAGAACGGGAAACGUAGAAAGUAGAGCGAAGAAAAGAGAGCCAGAGCCUGGCACCGAAAGUACAUCGGCAGAUAUCGGGUCGUCGGAAGGGUUAGAGGUUCGGUCACUUCAGUUAAGUCACGUGGUGUCCCCAGUCACCUUAAGUCGCUUGUUUCUUCUUGUUCUUAUUUUGAAUUUCUUAUCAGUCUCUUUUUUUUUUUCUCUUUUUCCUCUUUUUUUUCUCUGUUUUUGUAAAGUUUAUUAUGUCUCCUAAAGUGCAUUAGAAGAGUGGAUUCCAGAAUUUCCGUGUGCAGUCCAAGACAUUCGGAUGUUCCUGUCCAUUUAAUGCAGAAAACGCCUGAACUUACCGCGUCUUAUACUAACACUGCAAAAACCAUUGAAAGAAUAACUACUGAAAAACACAUUUCUAAUUUUAACUUACCCGGAGAAAAAGAGUGACAAAAGUGGGCCAUUUUUCUAGCAUAAACCCAUUAAUCUGUACUAGCUACUUCGACCAUCAUAUUCUACCAGCUGAAAACAUUUGAACUUUGUAGCUCGACGAACCUUCUAAAGGUGUAAAUAUUCCUCUAUAUUGAGACUUUACCAGUCUUUUUGUACAUUUCAUCUUCGUCAUUUGAUGAUCAACAUACAUGAGACCCUCCUGAGCUGAGGAAAAUCCUAAAACAGCAAACAUAGCCACCAGUCAUAUUUGAUCACUCAACUUAGUUUUGUCCACUAAAGUGCACACAAGAACAGCAUGCAGGCAAGCCUGCUGACAAGUGUAAAGAGAAAUAACUAAUUUAUUUCUCAAAAAAAAAAAUUAUUGAAAAGCCUCAAAAUAAUCCACUCUGAAAGUUUAACUGGGCAAUCUUUAAUUAAUGUAUGAUCUAGAAAACUUUUGUUUCAUUUGCACUGGCUGAAUGAAGCUACAAUGUAUCAGCCUCCACAAAAAACAGAACAUUCUUAAUAACCAAGAGAACGUCAUUCUGAAUGAGCGCUCAAUAUUGAGGAUUUUAAUGUUAAUGAACCUUAAGUCAUCUUAAAACGCCCAUCACAACUUGGAAGAAUUAAUUCUAAAUGUGAACUUAACAGUUACUGGUUACCUAGCUCUGAAUAAUUAAUAUUAUAACUCCUAAUUUUUCUCUAAUCCUCCUCAUCAAGCUAAAUGAUAAGACGGUAACAGAAAAAAAAAAGAGCUUUGCAUGCUGCACGUAAGUUUAGGUAACAGGUAUAAAUGUCAAAUUCACUCAUUGAAUCUGAAGUCAUAAUAAAAUGAUGGUAACAGUUAUGGUCAAUUAUCUAUGUUUCUGUAUCUCGUUCUUUUUUUCUCGAAACUUCUUCCCACAAGUUUAACAUAACUUGGCUGCGAAUGAGAUAAUUUAAAAAAUAAUAAAAACAUAGAAAUAAACUUACAAGCUCUUGCAUGUCGUUGUUGAUCGCUAAAGUUGUGAUAACAGAACGGAUGUCAUUUACCCACGCGAUGCAGCAGAUUGAGGCUAAUGGAAAAAGUUAGAUGGUUCACGCAUUUCAAUGCGGUUUAUCAAUUUAUUAACAGUUUGAGCUACAAUUGACCUGGGGCAAUAGAUCGCUUAAAUCAUCUCUUAAAUUGCAGCGCUAGCUAUAACGCGUUGGUUCCAUUCGCGUAUUGAGUGUUUUGGUAUCUGCUAAUGAUGGCGUCCAAGUCAUCCAACUUCCUCGAUGGUUUGGAAUUUUAUUUCAUUACCAAAAAGCUUGACGAAGUUCAGAGAUUUGAAGGAACUGUGAGCGACCGCUUUAAUGAAAAUACCACGCACGCACCUGCUUUUUUCUCGCGGAGUAGAUUAUCAUUCCGGCCCGCAUUCUUUCCAUUCCACAUAGCCACAGAAAAAGUCCGUCUUGUGUCUAUUGACCGGUUACCUGCUUGUAUUGCGGAAAGGAAAUCCUACCAGUGACACAAUUCGAGGAAAAGUGAAGGACAUUUUUCGGCAAUAGCAGAUAAUAUGGGCGUACUUGGCAAGAGAGGUACGGGCUGAAGGAAGAGAAACCUCCAAGUGCCCCGCUCCUCACUUCGAAGCAUGGAAACUAGAUAGCGGCGCAAAGAUUACUGGGAGAAACAAAAUGGCGGACACUAGAGAAUUCGUUACCAGUUUGUAGAAUUUCCUUGUGACUCGUUAGUUUAUGGACAAUUGCAAGGUAACAAUUAAUGCCAUUAAACCAGUUAUUCUAACACCAGUUCAAAAAAAGCUUAUCUAAUUUUUUUUUUGGUGAAACACUGCGGGGUAGAAACAAGUGAAUGUUUGGAAGGUCCUGCUGGUCCGGUCAAGAGUAGAGAAAGAUCUUCGAAAAAUAUUAGAUUUCCUAUAACUAGAACUUCGAAAUUUUCUGCACCCAGAAAAAUAGUUGGAGAGACUGGAAAGGAAGUAAUUUUACGAAGGACCUUAGCAUUUGGUUGUAUAUGAGAAUGCCAGGAUUUUUGUAUAUGAGAAUGCCAGGUUUUAGGCGAGUUUUUCGCCAACGACCUCAGCCACACAGACAGGUUGAGAUCAUUCCCCUCCGUGAGAUUAACCCACAAAAUUGAAUUUAACUAGUGUGGGAGAAGUAAACACUCACAAAGGUUCUGUGAAGGUAGUUUUUAAGUCUGCUCUAAACUCUCCAACCUCUGCAUUAAAUUGGAGAAAAAAGGAAAGGAAAAGGAGAAAAAUUGAAUUAAUCAGAUUACGUUAAGGAUCAUUUAUUAUUGAACUUGGUUCCUUUGUACGUUUCAUGUGUAAGGUUUUAUUUUGCAUUUUGUUCAUUUGGGUUUGUUUCAUUAUUUCCAUUACUUUAGAUUUAGUUCUGCGUCAGUUUAGGUUUGGUUUGCGUCUGUAUAAAUUGAGUUCACCUUUUUUGUGCGUGAUUUUGUCAAAGCCGUUCUUUACAACUUUGUUUCGCUUUGAUCGCUUCUAUCGUUUUAUCUUGAUUCGCUUCACGUUUUGUAUAGGUUCGCUGGAUUCUGUUUUUCUCAAAGAAGUAAAUAUUAGCACGUUAGAAAUUGUGAUUGCAAUUUUUAUAAUAUUGUGCAAUUCAACAUUAUUAUAUUAUGUAAAUAAACAUUCAGGUAGUAUCUUGUCUUCACAAAAUAGCUUAACGCUUUACAUCCUCAAGUUAAUAUGCAUUUCUUUCAUACUGCUCUCGAUAUAUUUCCAAUGGAAUUGACAAGGAGAAUUUGUUAAACAAUCAAGGGUUCUUAAGUUGAUGAUCAUUUCCUUUAUUCUCGUGACCUUUUUGUUUUAUUCAGGGGUGAUACUAUAAGGAGAAAUUAGAUGUAAGUCAAUCUUAGAGUUCAAAGGGUUAACAGCUAAAGGAUUUGUAGAUGAGCUAGAUGACCGCUCUUUAUCAGUGUGAAUAUACACAACAUCAGAAAAAAAGGAUGUGGUAAGCUAAGUUAUUUAUUUUUUUACCUUAGUUAGUAAUGGUAAUAGGACUGAGUGGAGUCCAUCUCGGUCUGCAAUCAUACUUUGUUACCAAGAAUAUGAUUUCAGACGGAAUUGGACUCCCCGAAGUCUUAUUACCAAUUAAUCACAAAAAUUACAAUUUGCAAGGAAAGAUGAUUAACCAAGUUAUGAAAAAAAGGGAAAAUUUGCAUCUAGACUGAAAAGGUUGUUUGUGUCUCUAUGGUGACUGAAACCGAGGGUGUGAUUGGUUGAUAUAACUACAACUUUAGAUGUAAUUGGCUUAUUGAACUGUCCCAUAACAAACUAUCCGAUAACAACUUGGCAAGUAAAUUAAUAGAUAAAGUGAGUUUUUGAAAACAAUCACAAUCAAGGAAUUUGUAGUUUUUAUGAUUAAGGCUGAUACUUUCAGCAUAAAUGCAUAAUUUAAAGAUAAUUAAAAAAAUAGAAAAUGGGUAGAUUUGUUUUAGAAAUAAAAUGACAUAAAUAAAAGUCGAUGAAUAAAUAUGAAACAGCCUCCAUUUUCUCGCGCGAAGGAAUGCGAUUGUCGAGCGUAGGAAUGGGAUAAAACAAGAAGAGUCCAGCGAUGAAGUCCUACACCCACUAGAAGAGGGCAAAGUUUGCCUAUCUGUUUGUCUCGCUUUAUUUACGUCAACUAAGUGAACAGAGAGACAGGGAACGGGAAACAGGGAACAGGAAACAAAGAACAGGGAAUAGGAAACAAAGAACAGGGAAUAGGGAACAGGGAACGAGGAACAAGGAAUAGGAAAUAAGGACCGAGGAACAGGAAACAGGCAAAAGAGAACAGGAGACAAGAAACAGGAAACAGUUUAUAGGUGACGGGGAGUGGAGAACUAGGAAAGGAGAGUACAGAGAGAAAUCAUGCCUAUAUCGAUAUUUCAGUCGAUUUUUCGGUGAACGGUAAGAAAAUGAUAGAAGCCAGCCAAGUUUGUAUGGCAUAAAUUAUGGCUGAGGUAAAUAGUCGAUUUGCUUUCUAAAGUUAUGAUUAAUUACAACAAAGUUCGGAUCUAGCGCGCGCUGUCAUCGGUUAAAAGAGCAGUCCUUAUCAGAGAACAAAACACGGAGCUGAGCUCUCAUGCCAUCUGCCUAAUUGUACUAUGUCCGAUCAUUCCCAGACUUUUUUUUUGUACAUUAUUAUCAAGUAAUAAUAUGAUUCCACAUGCCAUUUGGUGUAAUAAGCACUUGAAUUUUUUUCAAAGACCAUAAAUUGCACGAACUAAAACUUGCGGCAGAUCACGCGAAACGUGAUCCCCGCGGUUGACUUACAUCCUGUGAAAGCGCUGCAUUACGAAGUUUUCUUUUUAAAGUUUAAGCUGCAUUCAGGCUUGUACAGUGAGAGAUGCAUUUAGGGUCAUCGAUGAAAACCAUAAUAUUUUGUCAAAGAAAUCCACCAACUGUGGUAGUUUUGAUUUGCUUUGAAGUUGUUUGGAUGAUUAACGAGGUCUUUUUUAUUUUUCAUUUAUUUAUUUAUUUUUCAAUUCAAGCGCUAAGUAGCGAUGAGUCUCUCAACUCCGCACUUCUCCGCGGCGCAAAAAGAUAAUAAUUUUUCCCUGUUUGCAACGAUUGUUGUGUUCCGCCACUUGCCACGUUUUGCUUCCCAGUUUGCAGACCGCUUUGCUAGUCGUGAGUCUUAGCUGCGUGUGGAAUGUCACUGAAAGCAUUAUGAGGCGACAAUGAUAGGGAACGGUGGACAGGAAAUGGUGGAUAGGGAACGGGGAAUGGGGAACGGAAAAUAAAGAACGGGGAACGUAGAAUGUGAAACGGAGAAAGGAGAGCCAGAGCCUGGCACCGAAAGUACAUCGGCAGAAAUCGGGUCGUCGGAGAGGUGAGAGGCUCGGACACUUUAGUUAAGUAACGUGGUGUCCUCAGUCACCUCAAAUCACUUUUUUUUUUUUAUUUCUGUUCUUAUUUUGUGUUUCUUCUCACUCUCUUUUUUCUCCCUUUUUCUUUAUUUAUUUAAUAUUUUUUGCAAAGUUUGUUAAGUCUUCUAAAGUGCAUUAGAGAAGUGGAUCCCAGAAUUUACGUGUGCGGUCCAAGACAUUUGGAUGUUCUUGUUCAUUAUUGCAGAAAACGCCUGAAGUUACCGUGUCUUAAAUUAAAACCACAAAAAACUAUUGACAAGACAACUUAUUUAUACUAAAAAACAAAUUUCUAAUUUUAACCUGCUUAACUUGCAAAUUUUACCGGUAAUGAAAACAGAAAAACUGAAAUUAGUGUAUGCUAAAUUAGUGUAAUCUAAAGUGCAUUAGAGAAGUGGAUCCCAGAAUUUACGUGUGUGGUCUAAGACAUUUGGAUGUUCUUGUUCAUUAUUGCAGAAAACGCCUGAAGUUACCGUGUCUUAAAUUAAAACCACAAAAACUAUUGACGAGACAACUUGUUUAUACUAAAAAACAAAUUUCUAAUUUUAACCUUUUUAACUUGCAAAUUUUACCGGUAAUGAAAACAGAAAAACUGAAAUUAGAUUAAAUCCUAAAAGCAGUAGACGGAAUCUUAAGAGCGUCUUUAUUGCUCCUUUCUAUGGAAAACUAUAGGAAAUCACCCCAGUGUAACAUAACUUUCACCUGGUUGAAUGAGUUAGACACAUAUUAAACCACGCUAUUGCCCAACUGAUCGGACGGUAUGUUAGAGACAGGAAUUCUCCACACCAUUCUGGUCCCUGGCCGCAGGCGACUGUCAACCUUUAGUCUUCGCGUGACUCAGACUUAUUGCCCCGGCUUUUCUUAUCACAUAUCGUUUAUUGAGAAACAAAUAAUAACAAUGCUUCAUAUGAAAAGAGAUUAUUAUUCAGCUCACGAUCGACUCUUUCCUUUUUGAACAGCUGCGCACAACUCCUAAAAUACCAAUUGUGUCAUGUAAACGCCUUGUUCGAUUCUAAGUUUUAUCACUGGAAGAUUAAAAAAAAACCUGAGGACGCUUCUAGGAAAGUUACUGGAGAUAAGGUUAGUUUCUUAAUAAAAGUACAACGAUAGAACAUAAAUUAAAUAGAAUAAGAAAGAUGGUAGGUUUUGAGUCGGUAAAGAAAUGGAGAACGAUGUUUUUCGUCUUGUCGCGAGCGUUGGACGAACAAAAAUUUGUCUAAGUCCCCAUGAGGAAUCGAACCUCAGACCUUUGGAUUCCACGCUCCGAUGCUCUACCACAGAGCCACAGAGACUCUAUAAUGAGCGCGACCCAUUACGAAAUUCGUAUAUGACAUCUUUCUCUAUUUCUUUACCGAGCCCAAGGCUUACCAUCUUUUUUAUUCUAUUAACAAACAUGACGCUAUCGACAUCGCUGAUCCAAGCAGUAUGAAUGGCCGUGUGUCAUACAUGACUCAUGUCUUGUCACGUCACGCUCUUGACAAGACGAAAAGCAUUUUUCUCUGAAAUUAAACUGUUUCCUAAAGUCAGUUGACAGAAUCAUGAAAAAUUCUCAAGAGUGUCUUUAUUACUCCUUUCUAUGGAAAACUGCAGAAAAUCACCAUAAUGUACCCUAUCUGUCACCUAAUUGAAUGGGUUCGACAAAUUUUAAUUGCCUAUUGCUAUUGCCUAACCCAUCGGAAGGUACGUUAGAGACAGGAAGUCUUGACUCUUAAUCAUUAUUCAACUCGCGAUCGACUAUUUCCUUAGUAAACAGCUGCACACAGUCCAUGCCAAUUUUGCCAUGCAAAUGCCUUGUACGAGUCUAAGUUUCAUCGGCGGAAGAUUGUAAAGAACCUAAGGAGGCUUUCACGAAAGUUAUUGGAAAUAAGGUAGGUUUUGAAGAUUAUUUUCUUAACAAAUUGCUCUUAAGAGAGAGGUUGUUAGUACUUUUCAAGAAUCCAGCGACAGAAGCAAAAAGUCAACUUUUUAUAUUUUAUUUGCUCCGAUGUUAUGGUCGUCUGAAACAUAGCAAAACUCAGCGUACAAACGGAAUAGUAACUACGGUGUACUUUACAGAGAGUGGUUACAAACGAAAGAAAGUUCAGUUGGAGAUGAAAGAUAGUUGUAAAGCUACUCCAAGGGAUGAAAAACAACUCAUGAAAAAAUGAAUUCAAGGUAAUUUUUUUUGUCUUGUGCGAGCGUUGUGAAAAUGCACUGAAAGCUUGAUAGAAAUUAUGCAAACUAGGUACGUUUUGGCCGAUUUCGAACUUUCGUAUUUUUUGCCAAAAUAAAAACUCGCUGGAACUUUUAAAUAUUAUUUUUGAAAACGGCUCACCAAAAGGGUCUUUUGGAGCAAAUAAAAGAAUGAGUUGAAUUUUUCUUCUGUCGUCGUAUUCUUGAAAAUUACUGACAACCUCGCUUAACCAUUUUCAAUGUUUCUAAAACGGAGUUCUCCCUAUAUUAUAAUGAAAGCUGACGGUAAGGUGAGUUUCUGGAAAGGAGGUUUGUCCCAUACACUUAAAUCGGGUCGAUUUAUCUGAGGCUGUUGAAGAGCGUUGAAACAUCUCAAAAACAAGCAAUGGCCGUAAAUUUCAGUUCACAUAAGUCUCUCUCUGGGAACCUUUAAACCAUACCAAACGAGCUGUCUUUCAUAUAAAUGAUCUAAGACAUAUCUGAUUGGUUCACGCAUGUCUUGUUUGUAGGAAGUAUAUUGCGACGCUUCGUCGAAAGAUAAAAGGCUUUGUUGCAUAUCUCGCCCAGAGAGUAGCCUGUGAAUUCGAAAAAGUUUUAUUUCUUUAUUAAGCGGUCAAUUCCACGCGACACGACAAAACGAACAAAAACAUUGAAAGGUGUUUUCCGGGCUGGAACUGAAAAAUGGAACAAAAUAAAAAAAAUCAAGUGCCGCUCUCGUUAAGAGCGGUCCUCUCGACUUCCCGUCGGAAAACAUUUUUCCCUUAUAUUCUGCCCAUGAUAAGGCUUCAGGACACAUGUUUCAAAAAUAGUUUAGUUGUUCUCCAAUUCUCUUUUUUUGUGUUGCCACAAGCCAAAAAUGGUUUUUGGCCAGACCACCCCUGUGAACAGCGAUCGAAAGUGUAAAUUUCAAAGAUCUUGUCCAGCGCGCAGCGACUACAACAAUGUAGCUCACGGAAUUAUAUCUUUCUACAAGUUACAAGAUGUAUUCAGUUAGUUCGCAGACAAAAUAUGGAAACUUCAGCUGAAAUAUUUUUCAUACCAGCGUGAUCAGAGGAGACCCUUCUAUUCGACCUUUAUUUGCAUAUCAAAAAUUCACAACAGACAUAUCGCGUUGCUUAAAAGGACACAAAAACAAGUUAAAAUAGGUUACAGUGUUUAUAUUUACAAAACAACACGCAUACUGAAAUAAUUCUUGCAGUUUCUCCCAAGAUUUAGUAUACGGAACCCGAUGAACUAUACCCUCCUUUCUGCAAAUUUGUUUCCGUCAUUAAUGAUGUUACGCUCUUAUGGACCACAACGGUUUUGAGCGACAAACUCAACAUUUCCAUGCGACCAUUAAAAUCAACUGGACAAACCCAGCUUGAUGUAUUGCGUGACGUGAUUGUGCAAACUUUUCUCUUUGUCAUAUGACCUGUAUCGCAGGUUCUACAAGUUGGAACCAAAAUUAGCUAAUGUAACGAAUUAGAGUCGAAAGCUAUUAAAAUGGACUGAAGAAUUUUACAUUUUAAUGAGAAUUUUAUCUUUUAAAAUGUUUGCUUGAUUCAUGGAAAGCAAAGAUUGGAGUGGCUUCGGGUAUUUCAGUCCUCAUUUGGAAAAAAUAAAACAGUUAAUGGUAUGUUCUAAACAUCAGAACACCUGAGAGGACACUGGAAAUGUAGUAAAAGUAUUUUUUUAGCAUCUAGAGCAAAAAGAAGAAUGCGAGGCAGUGAAAGGAGAUUGAGUUUUCAACGCCAUUUGUCGUAAAAGCUGCCACCAGCUUGUUACUGAACUCAUUAAAAUUUAGCUGGAAGGUAUUAACUUCUUUCAUGUUACCCGACUACAACUGUAAUUCCGAAAACUUCGAAAACAUCUCCAGUCAGUCUGGCUUUCUUUUACUGCCGCGCCGUUUCCCUUGUGCUGUGGCUGUUAACAAGUACCUCCACCGCAUUUCCAGUGUUUCCUGAAGUGUUCGGAUGUUUAGAACAUACCAAUAACUGUUAUAUUUUUUUUCCAUAUCGCGCUCAAAAUUGCCUUGUAAUCAAGGAUUUCCAAGGAUAGCUGGUAGUAUUUCAAAUGACUCGAUACGUUGCCCCGGUGUCACAGCUGAUUUGGACCCCCCGCGGAUCUGGACCUCCCGUCCAAAUCUGCUAACGGAUAUGGAGCCCCCCUACCAAACUUUCCUUUUAAGCAUCCUUUGUAUCCUAUUUGGUAACUAAUUCUAUUUGCAGGCUUUUUGUCGAUGUUCUUUUCAAUCACAACACAACAUUCCUCAAUAAAGGUGAAAAAAGCCCCAGCCAUUUUGUUCCAAUUCUACCGCAUUUAGUAUAGCGAGUCGUACAGUAUACGCAAGAAUUAGAUGUGAACAAACUACUGCAUUCGAACUAUUGAAAUUGUUACAAUAAAUCUUUGCUUCUUCUGACGCGAAUCAACAUUGAUACGAAACGUAUGGUACGGAGGAAUUCCGAAUCUACCAGCGACCAUCAUCAUUUUGUUUAUCAUCUAAACGCAAUAGGUCUUUACCGGAAAUUACAGUCGACUUUAAUGACGAAUGAAGAAAAAUAGUAUCCUCCAUCCAAGAGAAAAAUUCAUAAAUUCCGUUGGCGAUAAGGCUAGAGAUGAGAAAAAAGUGUUCAAUCAUUACAAAACAAGCAGUGGGCGUAAAUUUCAAUUCACAUAAUUCUCUCCCUGGGAACCUUUGAACCAUACCAAAUUAAAUGAGCUGUCAUUCAUCUAAAUGAUCUAAGACAUAUCUGAUUGGUUCAUGCAUGUCAUGUUAGUAGGAAAUAUAUUGCGGUGCGUCGUUGAAGGGUGACCGGCUAUGUGGCAGGUCACGUAUCUUUCUGAGAAAGAGUGGAAAGUAGCCUGUGAAUUCGACAAAGUUCUAUUUCUGUAAUAAGCAGUCAAUUCCAUGCGACACGACAAAAUGAACAAAAGCAUGGAAAGGCGUUUUCCGAGCAGGAAUUGAAAAAUAUCGCGAGGUUAAUUCUUUUGCCGCGAAGUUAUUUCUUUUGCUGUGACAGUUGUGGGCCACCCUAUAUAUUAUUUAGCAAGAAAGAAAAACCGUCAGUUUCAUACGUAUGAAGAAAGAUUAUUAUUCAUAUAACGAUCGACUUUUUCCUUCUUGAAUAGUUGCGCACAGCUUCCAAAAUGCCAAUUUUGCCACGCCAACGCCAUGUUCGAUUCUGAGUUUUAUCGCUGGAAGAUUAUAAAGAAUCUGACGAUGCUUUUAAGAAAGUUAGUUGAGGUAAAGAAUUCUUUGAAGAUUAUUUUCUUAACAAAGUACAUCGGCACAAAUCGGCUCUUUGGAAAGGUAAGAGGUUCGGUCACUUCAGUCAAGUCACGUGGUGUCCUCAAUCACCCUCAGUCGUUUUUUGGUUAUUGUUCCUAUUUUGUGUUUCUUAAGUAAUUGCAAAGUUUUUUCAUGUCUCCUAAAGUACAUUAGAGAAGUGGAUUCCAGAAUUUCGUGUGCAUUGCAAGACAGUUGAACGUUAUUUUUAAUUUAUUGAAAAAACGCUUGAAGCUACCACGUCUUAAUUUAGUACCAAGAAAACAUUAAAACGACAACUAGUCUAUACUGAAAAACACAUUUAUAAUUAUGAAAUUGUUUAAUGCAACUUUUACCAGUAACGAAAACAGAAAAACUAGAAUUACAAAUAGAUUAAAUAGAGGUAGAAAGACAGUCAGUUUUGAGUCGGUAAACGUGGAUUCAGAAUUAUUAUUAUUAUUAUUAUUUUUGUCCAACGCUCGCGACAAGACGAAAAACAUCCUUAUCUGUUUCCUAAAAGAUGUUGGCAGAAUCAUGCAAAGUUCCUCAGAGUUUCUUUAUUGCUCCUUUCUAUGGAAAAUUAGAGGAAAUCACUAAAGUGUAACCUAUCUGUCACCGAACUGAAUGGGUUCGACACAUUUUUAACGGCGCUAUUGCCUAAUCGAUCGAGAGGUAUGUUAGAGACAGGAAUUAUUAAGAAUGGCUGCCUGUCAGGAUCGAGAAUCGUCCGUCAACGACCAUUUUGGUGAAUUGCUCAUAUUUUGCCCAACGAUACCCUUUGGUAAACUAUUUUCAAAAAUCAAGUUUAAAAGUUCCGACGAUUAUUAAAUUUUUAGAAAUUGGCGAAAAUUUGAAAACGCGGUUUAAGUGCGGUUUUCCGCCUAUCAAAUUGUCCAAAAUUCACUUUAAAAACCAAGCUCCGUUGAAGGCUUAAAAUGAAUUCAAUUAACACCAAACUUCACACGAUAUAAUAAAAAGCCUUCCCAUUCAUAUUCGUUAUGUUAAUUUUUCUGUACACAUUGAUACUGAGAAUUUUUAAGUCCUCUAAGCAACACCCUUAAAGAGCGCUUAAUAUGGAGGCAAAAAAUAGGUGAAAUUUAACGCGAUAAAAGUGUACCUGGUACCUCACUUUUUAACUUUUUAACUUGAUAUUCGUAAUAUAAUGAUAUUAUUUAUUUCCUGAGUAAAAUUUGAUGCUUUGAAUCGGACCGCUUCCCUUCGAAAAUACCGCAAAUGUUUGUGUCCAGAGUGAGCGAGAUGAUGUGUGUUGUGUAAACAAACGCCAAUCUAAUCAUUCCUUCCCUGGUGGAAAAAGGUUUUAAAAUAAACUUUAAUUUUGGAAAUUUUUGGCUAGUAUUCUUCAAAAUAUUGAGUAAUAGGGAAGUCGUACAUUCGGAGUCGUGUGAGAGCUGAGAGAAAAUAAAAUCACCGUCGAAAAUGUUCUUACAGUCAUUUCAUCAAUCACCAUUAUAUGUAUUACGAUUAAGAAAAUUGUAUGUGACAAUCUCUUGAUCAGUCUGUUGAAUAACUUUUAAACAUUUCAGCUGCAAGGGCUUUGUUUUAGUUUGUUUUAGAUAUAUAUGUAUAUAUAUAAAUCAAGAAUUCCAGCGAAUACAGAAGGAGAACAGCAUUCUUUACGAGUAGUCCAGUGUAUUAAGGCGAAUUGUUCCUAAUUAACCGACAUCCGGUCCCAACAAACACUGGCCGCACCACAUGAGACCCUAAAUGGGCUGUCAUCAUGAAAUAUACCAAAGACUAAAAACAAAAGCUUCACUCAAGGUCUGAUAACUACACGGUAACACUUUUAUACUUCAAUCUCUGAUUUACUUUCAUUGAGCUUCCAACAUUUCGCACCAUUCAAUCACAAUUUUCACUCGUGGUGAGGCCUGCACGUCAUCACUGCCCACGAAGUUCUUGCGUAAAUGGUCUAAAUUUCGUAACAGAUCUAAGGAAAGUUAUUUCACGGACGAGUCUUGAGCUUUCAUACGUGCUCUCAUCAGAAGUUAUUAUUUCUUGUCAUUUCAUGGCUCUCUGUAGCUAUAUAACGCUAGUUGGUAAGGUGACCCCUUGCGGGCGAUCUCCUGAUUAUCCUGGUCAGGUGGAAUGCAUUACACUCGAGGAUUGCACGAAAGAUGUAACUGGACAUCUAUCGACUCUUGGACUGAGUGCAGAUGAAGGUUCUAGAACUGAAAUAAAGCUGCUAUUAGCCAAAGCCGGUAAAUAUUGAUUUUGUGUGUUUCCAGGUAACUUUACUGUGCUUAUGAAUGAGUCCUGCAACAGAUUUAAGUUGUUUUAUAUUUUUUUACAGGUGUUUUCUCAUUUGAGCAAAAACAUCUUACCCUGACUAUUUGCCCACGCCAUAGGGCAGAUUUUGGCAUACGUUGGAGGACUAGGAAAACCAUUUGUGCAAUUCCCAAGGAUCUAGCAACAUAAGUCCUCGAGUGCCAAAGGAAGCAACCGUGUGGAUAGCCGAAAAUCGAUGUAUAUUUUUUGUAACUCCUACACCUUAGUUCCAGUUCGGGGUCGCGUAAUUUGAAUUGCUUCUGUUGAUAAAUGUUCUCAUAAAAUUGUUUUUUCUCACGUUUAUUUGUAAUACCUUACACAAAAAAAACACUAUAAGUUUCAACUUUCUCAAGCUAACAAAUUUUAUAUCAGUGAGGAAACUUUGCAAUUUAUAUUGCCAACGUUUUUUUCUCGUCUGAGUAGCUGAUUAUCCAUUGAUUGAUGACUGAUUGAUUACUUUAUACCUAGGAAUAGUAAUUGAUUUGGUGCAGAUACCUGAACAAUAGACAAUGGUAAGCUUCAAAUAUGAAUUGAUGAUCUCAAUCUCUCUUGGUUUUUAAAAGGAAAAGAGUCAUUUUUAUAAGAGCAUAGAAAUUGGGAAAAAAAUCGAGGAAGAAAAAACACGUGAAAAAGCCCUUCAGACAAAGACAGUUGUUAAUCUGGGACAAGGCUCCUUCGUUGACCAGUAAAACACACCGCUUUUUUUCCUUUUUUUUUUAUUUGAGGGGUGGGGAAGGGGAGGGGUGCUAUGCCGCACUUUGGUAGGCUAAUUCCUGUCCCACAUUUGUUUGUUUUCUGUAUGUCCCGCAACAGUACCUAGUGCUUCUCUAACAUGGUAUUCUGUCGUGGGCUGCCUUUAAGGGUUACGCGUUGAUGCAAGAUAAUUAUUUCUUAGCUGUAUGGCUGUCAUAUUUAUAUUUCUCUUAUUACUUUUGAAGGUCCUGGACAAGGGAUUCUGCGACCAUCAUUUUCUGCAAGAGAUUUCCGUUCUUUAAAAGUACCCCCCACAAAUCGUCAGGGAAGAAAAUGUGGCUGAAGAGAUAGCUUCCAUAUAACGUGGCCAGGCAGCAGGGGUGUAUUCAUGUCCUCAAGAGGGCUGCACUCAUGUUUUUCAAAGGCUUUCAGCCUUAGAAAAGCACUUGUCACUCGAAAAAUGUAGCAGGGUACCAGAAAAACAUUCUCUAAUGGACUUGGCAAAAAUUGCCUACAAAUCAUAUUUGGAGGAAGGUGUGGGAAAGCUGCCAUCUCUUCAAGCCCCUGUGUGACGGGAAGAUUCUCGUGUUUCUUUGAAAGAAGGCUAGUCUCUUAGAGUAGUGAGGAAGGCUUACAGAUUCAGUGAAAAGCAAAAGUCGUACCUUUUAUCUAAAUUUCGAAUAGGGCAGACGACAGGCCACAAGCUUGACACAGAGGUAAUUGCUCGAGAAAUGCGGCGUGCCCGGGGCACCGAUGGUGCACGACUAAUCCAGUCAUCGGAAUUCCUCACAACCACCCAGAUCACCUCUUUCUUCUCAAGACAGAGUGCCUUAGUACGCCAGAGAGAUCCUGACGAGGCUGAUAUCCGAGCAACUCAAGAGGAGAGUAAUUUUAGCGAGGCAAAGGAGACUGUCGCGUCAAUACAACUUGACCAUCCCUUGAUCUACGGUCUGUACGAUCUUUGUGAAAUGGCGCUAAAUGACUCUUUGAAGAUCUUGAAGCUACCCAUGUUGCAGUACAUGUGUGAAGACCUUGGCCUCGAUAUUCCAUCAAAGCCCAUGCGUAAAAAGUCCCCUUACUUGGCUCUACUGAAAGAGAUUGUCAGCAAAUGUACUUGCCAAAAGUCAUUGUGAUGCUGACUUUCUCUUUAGUUUAGCAGAAUAGAAAAGUGAGGAAGAAACGAAUUAACGGUGACUCGUUCCUAUUCGUCAGUUACUAGUUAUCUCAUUUUUAUAAAAGCACGUAAAGUAAUUAGAAGUUCUACCGUUUUGUUCUGUUUUUCUUUUAAUUAUGCCAAUGUUGACCCUCACUUUCCUUUUAUGGUCUUCAUAUCGGUAAUGAAGUUUACUCAUCUGGUAGCCGACACAUGCAAACUGACGGACGUGAGAGUAUUCAACCUACAUUUCUUUCCGCUCAUUUUGAAGUGCGGGAUUUCUCUCUCUAAUUUAUAUUAUCAUUAUUUCAUUUGCGGUUUUUACGCGGGUAUGUUUCAGCACCCCCGAUUUUCAAUGGCGUUACGUUGCGUGACAUUGAUAAUUACAAGGAUAAGAAGAACUGUCGUCUUGCAUCUAAUUACUUUGAAGGUCAAAAGUCGCCUUUCGAUGUAUUUACACCUACAGAAAAUGAGUUCCCAAAGUAAAAGAUAAAAGAAUAUCUUAUUUAUCAGCAUGGAAUCAAAUACUAAUCUACUAAGUAGCUUCUCUCGAAUGUAUCUUUUGCAUUACUUGAAUAUGAGAUGGUGCUAAUGUAAUAUGUACUUCACUUGCAGAUUUUUAGCCCAAAAAUAUUUUGUAGAACCUUUUCAAAUAUCUUACGGAAUAGUUUACUUGUCUUUACAUUUUCCAAGCUACAAGCCGACACAGCGGAGACCGGAUUUAAUUUGGAGAUUUAACAACUCAGUAUGAUUAAAUUACCUUAUUGUUUGUUUACACACUUUGCAUCAUUUUUCUCGCUCAAAGUCACGAACAUUUCUGCCAUUUUCGAAGGGAAGCAAUGCGAUUCCGGACAUCACACUUUUCGCAGUGAAUGGAAAAUAGCAAUAUUUCACGAAUAUGUUGUUGAAAAUCCAAAAUAUGUGGUACCAGGUACAUUUUUUUCGCGUGAAAUAUCACCCGUUUUUCGCCGCCAUUUUACUCGGUCUGUGAGGAUGUUCUUUCAAGGGCUAAAAUAAUCCCAAAAUCGAUGUGCCCUAAAAGAUUUUAUUCACUAGAAUUGAAUAAGAAUAGCUGUCCUAAUAUCGUGUGAAGUUUGGUGUUGAUUGAUUACAUUUUAAUCCUUAAACGGGGCUUGGUUUUUGCAGUUAAUUUUUGACUGUGCGUCAUGCGGAGCUUGAGCUCCGGAAGCCUGAAAACCGCGUUUUCAGAUUUUGGCAAAUUUAUGAAAAUUUAAGAAUCGCUGAAACUUAAAAACAUGAUUUUUGAAAAUAGUUUAUAAAAGGGUAUCUUUGAGCAAAAUAUGAGCAAUUCACCAAAAUGGUCGUUGACGGACGAUUCUCGAUCCUGACAGGCAGCCAUUCUUAAAUAUUAAUCAUUAUUCAGCUCGAGAUCGACUUUUUCCUUAUUAAACAGCUGCGCACAGCUCAUAAAGUGCCAAUUUUGCCAUACAGACGCCUGGCACGAUUCUGAGUUUCAUCGGCAGAAGAUUAUAAAGAACCUGAGGACGCUUUUAAGAAAGUUAUUUGAGAUAUAGGGUAUGAGAUAUUGAGGUAUGCUUUGAAGAUUAUUUUCUUAACAAAUUCCUCUUAGAUUAUUUCAAUGUUUCUAAAUUAAAAGGGAGCUCACCCUAAAUUUUAAGGGGAAGUGACGGUAAAGUGAGUGUCUGAUAGGGGAGGGUUGUUCAAUACACCUUUCGGUUCGAUUCAUCUGAGGCUGUUUGAAUUAUGAAAAUAACUUCAAACCUCACUUAAGAUUGAAGGAUAUCCAAUUUUUUUUAUGCGCAGAUCAAAGCCUUCUGCGGCAUGAAUAUAUCAAAAAUGAAAAGGAAAACUACUUGAAAAAGCGGAAUGAAUUGGCAGCUACAGCUGAUGUCUUCGGGUGAUUGAAGUAAAAUGUGUGUCAGAGAGAAAUGGGUUCAGAUAUUCGAUACUUGUUUGUAUGAUACCAUGACUGAAGGCAACAAAUGAUAACCGUUUUGUGUCAAAUUUGUUUGUUAUUCUGUACUUGUCAUUGGUUCAUGUUUUUUAGAAUACAUCUUUUUCACACUCCCACAUGCUCCGAUGAGAAUGUGUCACGAGAAUUCGGUAAUAACAAGACUUAUUCGGAGAGCAUUCAUGGACUCCCUAACAUUUUCCCUCCUUAUUUUUUUGAAUAUAAUUCAAGAAUUUUAUAAUUUGAAAGAAUAAAAAAAACGUCUUCCGUGGCAGGAAUAUAUCAGAAAUGAAAAAGAAAAAACUUCUAAAGAAGGGGAGUAAAUUGGCGAGUGCAGCACACAUCUUUAAGUCGAUGAAUGAUAACCGUUUUGCAAAAGAUUCGUUUGAUAUGCUUUUCUUGUUAUUAACCUUGGUAAAAAAUUAAAAAGAAAAAAACCUUUUUUUUUUACGCCUACGUUCACCUAUGGAGAUGCGCAUCCGUUGAAAAGCAAAAAUGAACAGCCUAUUUUUUCUUUCUAUUUCAGUUUUAUCAUUUACUCGCAAUUGGUAAAAGAGAAAGGGGAAAAUGAUAAAAGUCUACAUUAAAUACAUCUUUCCAAAAACAAAAAUCAGAAAGGAGAACAAAACAAAAACAAAAAUUAAAGGCACAAAUAAAAGAAAUACACUAGUGCUGAACAUUCAAAUAGGAAUAAUAAAAACGAAGGAGAGUUGAAGGAAGCCCACAAUCCAUUGCCAGCCUCAAGGUUAUUAGUUACGGAAAUCAACAUCAUCCCCAUCUGGCUAAGAACACUAAUCAAUAAAUGAAAAAUGCAAAAUAAAGUGGCGCUAAUAUACGCAAAUCCAGGUGAAGAGGAAAAACAAAUUAUUUGAACUUUUCUGCGGACCAAUUAUGAACUAAGAUAGAAAUGAUAGCAUAAUUACAAGAAUAACAGUCAUGAUGAUCAUAAUAUCGUUCAUUAUGGAACUAGUAUUCAUUAUUAAAUAACCAUAAUAGUGAUAACAAAACAUGCGAAAUAGAAAAAAAAGACAAAGGAACAUCUUUGAAGUGUUGAUGUUUUAUUUCAAACGCCAGUAAUCAAUUAUGCAUCCCGUCUGAAUAAAUAUUUAGUCUUCACUUGUGAAUUCAAGAUAAUUGGUGAAUAAUACAUGGGGGGAGCAUACAUAGAAUUUCUCUUCGAGUCUUCCGCUCGAUGUCUCACGAGUUCGCGCUAAGCUCGCUGCGCUCACUCGUGAGACGUCGAGUUGAACACUAGAGGAGAAAUUCCGAAUCUACAAGGACCAUGGAUUAUUUUGUUUUUUCAUAGUUUUACUGGCAGGUUAAGUCGACUUUAUUAACGAAUCAAAAAAAAAAAAAAUAGGAUCCAAGAAGAAAGUCGUAAAUUGCGUUGGCGAUAACUCUCAAGACGAGAAAAAGCGUUCAAUCAUUACAAUAACAAGCAAUGGGCGUAAAUUUCAAUUCACACAAUUCUUUCUCUCGGAACCUUCGAACCAUACUAAAUGAGCUGUCAUUCAUCUAAAUGAUCUAAGACAUAUCUGAUUGGUUCACGCAGUCAUGUUUGUAUAAAGUAUAUUGCGUUUCUCGAGCAGGAAUUGAAAAAUAGAACAACAGAAAAUAACAAAAAAAAAUUUUAAAAAUAAAAACCCAUCAACUAAAAUUUUUUACCGAAAAAUGAUUAUUUCAAUAUGAGUGUGGAAUAGGUGAAAUUUAAUUCAGAAUGUUAGUUUUCUUUUGCAAUGAUGAGCCUUCGCGAACGGAAAGUUACGAGUUCAACAUUCACUAAUUCGUGACUCGUAAAAAGUGUUCAAAAUCUCUUUGAAACAGCCUAAAGGAGUUUAAAGGCUGUCUUAAGCAGCUAUAGGGACUAGUUGCCCUGCACGACCUGUAAGGAAACAGAGGUCGUCUUCAUAUCGGAGAGGGGUUUUUUUAAAAGGACGUAGCUAACAUUUACCAAAACGUAGCGAAGGAGGGAUGUAAGACCAUGGGUAAACUUUGUUGCCUCAAGAGAUACCAAAAUUAAAUGUGGAGGUUACGUCAGUCUCUUUCUCAGUAUUCUGUUGUCAAAUUAUUGCCGGAAAACCCUAAUAUUUCUCAAUUAUUUGUAACAGGAAAAGACUACUCGGAUGGCUUCUUCACCGGAGUGUAUAAUCUGGAUGGUUGUGGGCCUGACUGAGUCUGUCACCAUAGUAGUGCUGAAUUCGUUGACAGUGAUUGCAUUUUGUAGAGACCGUAAUCUUCGUAAACGAUCCACAUACUUGGUGAUAAGCUUGGCAGUCGCAGACAUGUUAUCCGGGGGAAUUUCUGCACACGAUCUAUUCUAUCAUGUUGGAGAGACAUGUAACUUCUGGGGGCCCGAUAGAGCGUAUUGGUAUAUACCUCAGGUGUUCAUCCUCUGGUUUCCUGUUUGUUCGUUGACAAAUAUGACUGUUAUUUCUUUAGAACGCCUGAAUGCAAUGUUUUGGCCCUUCAGACAUCGUACGAUCAAAACAACAGUCUACUGGGUUCUUAUCAUCGCCAUCUGGUUAACCGCACUCCUCUUUUCAUGUGCGUUAAUAAUGAUUUUUUACUAUACAUAUAAACGGGACCAUUAUUACUACGCUUGGGGUUCAUUCAUCUCAAUUUGUCUUUUGGUCAUUUGUGUUUCUUACGUUUUUAUUUUCGUCAAGCUUCGCUUUGGAAAUCAGCCUCGUCACCAUGGCGCAGCAAAUAGGGAAAGGAAACUGACCGUGACGUUGUUAACCGUGACUUCUCUCUCUCUCCUAUUGUGGCUGCCUUAUGUUAUAACUAUUUCUCUGUUUUUUGCCACUGAUAUUUUAAGGUCAUUAUCUGAAAUAGGGAUUUUCCGUUUAGUAGGUGGUUCGAUCGUCUUGCUUUACGCAAACUGUUUUUUAAAUCCGAUAUUGUAUGCUAUGAGGAUGCCAGGUUUUAGGCGAGCUUUAAAGAUAUUAUGUUGCCAACGACCUCAGCCACAUAGACAGGUUCAGAUCAUUUCCCUCCGUGAGAUGAACCCACAAAUUUGAAUUUAACUAGUGUGGGAGAAAUAAAAUCUCGAAAAGGUUCUGUGAAAGUAGUUUUUAAUAGAAGUCCUCUAAACUCUCCAACCUCCGCAUUAAAUAAAGAAAAUUAAAAAAGGAAAGGAAAAGAGUAGGAAAACUGAAUUUAUCAGAUCAUUUAUUAUUAAACGUGGAUCCUUUGUACGUUUCAUGUGAAAGAUUUCAUGUAGAUCUAGUUGUGCGUCAGUUUAGGUUUAGUUUACGUGUGUUUAAGAUGAGUUCACGCUUUUUCCUGCGUGAUUAUGUGAACGCCGUUUUUUGCUACUUUGUUUCACUUUGAUCGUUUCUAUCGCUUUGCCUUGAUUCGCUUCACGUUUUGUAGAGUUUCGCUGGAUUCCGUUUGUUGGUCAAAGAAGUAAAUAUAAGCACAUUAGAAAUUGUGAUUUCAAUUUUAAUCAUAUUGUGCAAUUCAGCAUUAUCAUAUUAUGUAAAUAAACAUUCAGGUAGUAGCUUGUCUUUACAAAAUAGCUUAACGCUUUACAUCCUAAAGGUAAUAUGCAAUUCCUCCAUACUGUUCUUCUAAUAUUUCCAGUGAUAUGAUUACGAGAAUUUGUUAAACAAUCAAGGGUUCUUAAGUUGAUGAUCAUUUCCUUUAUUCUCGUGACCUUUUUGUUUUAUUCAGGGGUGAUACUGUAAGGAGAAAUUAGAUGUAAGUCAAUCUUAGAGUUCAAAGGGUUAACAGCGAAAGGAUUUGUAGAUGAGCUAGAUGACCGCUCUUUAUCAAUUUGAAUAUACGCAAAAUCAGAAAAAAGGAUGUGAUUAGCUGAGUUACUUACUUAUUUAACUUAAUUAGUAAUAGUAAUAGGACUGAGUGGAAUCCAAUUCGGUCUUUAAUCAUACUUUGUCAUCAGGAGUAUGAUUACAGAUCGAAUUGGACUCCACGAAGUCUCAUUGCCAAUUAAUUAUAAAAAAAUACAAUUUGUGAGAAGAGAAGUAUACCCAAGUUAUUAAAGAAAGAGAAAAUUUGCAUUAAAAGACUGACAAAGGAAUUAGUGUUUCUAUGGUGAUCGAAACCGAGGCUGUGAUUGGUUGAUUUAAGUUACAACUUUGAAUGUGAUUGAUUCAUGAAAACUAAAAUUCUGAAUGUAAUUUGCUUAUUGAACUGUCCUAUAACAAACUGUCCGAUAACAACUUGAGCAAGUGAACUAACGGAAAAUGUGAGUUUUUCAAACCAUUCACAAUCGAGGAAAUUGUAAUUUUUAUGGUUAAGACUGAUAUUCUCAGCAUAAUUGCAUAAUUGAAAGAUAAUUAACACUGAUGCAUGUAUGAAAUUAAAAAAAAAAAGAUAGGAAAAGGGAAGAUUUGUAUUAGGAAUAAACUGACAUCAAUAAAAGUCGAAGAAUUAAUGAGAAACCGGCCUCAUUUUCUCGCACGAAGGGAUGCGAAUGUCGAGCGUGGUGCGAUAAAACAGCAAAAGUCCAGCAAUGAAGUCCUACGCCCAUAGAAGAGGGAGAAGUUUGCCUAUCUGUUUGUCACGCUAUAUUUCCUUUAACCUUUGGGAAUAAUGAAAUGAGGGAAUAAGGAUCGGUGGACUGGGUACGGUGAACAGAGAACCGGGAAGAGAAAAUAGAGAACGGGAAAUAGAGAACAGGGAACAGAAAACGGGGAAGAGAAAAUAGCAAAAGGGAAAUAGAGAACAGGCAACAUGGAACGGGCAAGAGAAAAUAGAGAACGGUGAACAGAGAAGAGGGAACAGGGAAUGGAGAAGAUAGAAAAAGAGAAUGGUGAACAGAGAACAGCGUAAAGGAAAAUAAAGAACAAUAAACGGUGAAUAGGGACCGAGGAACGGGGAACAGGGAACGAAGAACAGAGGACGUGGAACAGAAAACGUGAAGUAGUGAACAGGGAACUGGAGACAAGGAACGGGGAACAGUUAAAAGGUAACGAAGAAUAGAGUACGAGGAAAGGGGAAUUUUGAAUGGGAAACGAACGGCAAAAUAAAAAAAAAAACUUACGGCAAAAUAAAAUUUUAAAAAACUUACGGCAAAAGAAAAAAGACCCACGGCAAAACGAAAAAACCUCACGGCAGAAAGAAAAAGACUCACGGCAAAAGAAAAAAAAACUUCACGGCAAAAAGAAUAAUCUCAGGUCAAAAGUAAAAGACUCACUGUAAAAGAAAUAACCUUACGGAGCAGAGAGGCAUUUUAUUGUGCAUGUUCUGUAAAUUUUAGUUUGAUGUGAGGAACCGCUGCUAUGCGCCUACGUCAGUUUUUUUUUUUUUUUUUUUUUUUUUUUUUUUUUUUUUUUUUUGCAAUGAGGCUUUUUCGUUUUCCGUGAGUCCUUUUCUUUUUGCCGUGAGGUUUUUACUUUCGCCGUGAGUCUUUUUUUAUUUAUUUUUUAUUAUUAGUAUUAUUUUAUUUUUUUUUUUUUUGGCCGUGAGGUUCUUCCUUUUGCCGUGAGUCUUUUUCUUUUGCUGCAAAGUUAUUACUUUUUCCGUGACAGUUGCGGGCCACCCUAUAUAUCAUUUAUUAAGAAACAAAGAAUAAAAACCCGUCAGUUUCAUACGUAUGAAGAAAGAUCAUUAUUCAGAUAACCAUCGGCUUUUUCCUUAUUGAACAGAUGCGCACAUCUUCCAAAAGGGCCAAUUUUGCCAUGCAAACGCCAUGUUCGAUUCUGAGUUUUGUCGCCCGAAGAUUAUAAAGAACCUGAGGUCGUUUUUAAAAAAGUUAGUUGAGACAAGGUAGGCUUUGAAGCUAAGAUUAUUUUCUUAACAAAAGUACAUCGGCACAAAUCGGCAGCUCAUAAAGUGCCAAUUUUGCCAUGCAAACGCCUUGCACGAUUCUGAGUUUUAUCGGCGGAAGAUUAUGAAGAACCUGAGGACGCUUUUAAGAGAGCUAUUUGAGAUAAGGUAGGCUUUGAAGAUUAUUUUCAUUCCCUUUGAAGACUAUUUUCUUUCUCUUUUUCUUUUCAAUGCUUUUAAGAAAGUUAUUUGAGAUAAGGUGUGCUUUGAAUAUUAUUUUCUUAACAAAUUCCUCUUAAAUUAUUCCAAUUUUUCUAAAUCAAAAGGGAGUUCACCCUAAAUUUUUUAAGGGGAAGUGACGGUAAGGUGAGUUUUGGAUUGUCCAAUGCACCUUUAGAUGGGUCAGUUCAUCUGAGGCUGUGUGAAUUAUGAAAAUAAAUUAAGACCUCUCUCAAGAUUAAAGGAAGUCCAAUUCUUUUAUACGCAGAUCAAAGCCUCUUGUGGCAUGAAUAUAUAAAAAAUAAAAAGGAAAACUACUUGAAAAAGUGGAGUGCAUUGGCAGCUACAGCUGAUAUCUUUGGGCGAUCGAAGUAAAAUAUGUGUCAAAGAGAAUUAGUUACAGAUAUUCGACACCUGUUUGUAUGAUACCAUGACCGAAGGCAGCAAAUGACAACCGCUUUUUGUUAAAUCCCUUUGAUAUGCUAUACUUGUUAUUAUAUUAUGUUUUUUAUACUCCGACGUGGUUUGAUGAGAAUGUGUAACGAGAAUUCGGUAAUAACAAGACUUAGACGGAGAGCAUUCAUGGACUUCUUAAUAUUUUCCCUCCUAAUUUUUUACAUUUAAUUCAAGACUUUUACCAUUUGGAAGAAUAAAAAACGCCUCCUGUGGCAGGAAUAUAUCAGAAAUGAAAAAGAAAAACUGCUAAACAAGCGGAGUAAAUUGGCGAGUGCAGCAGAUACCUUGGAUGGAAGAAAGUUUCAGAUAUGGAGUAUCAGUUUUCGAAACUCGCUUGACUUUAAGGCGAUGGAUGAUAACCGUUUGGUAAAAAAAUUAUUUUGAUAUGCUUUUCUUGUUAUUAGCCUUUGUAAAAAAAUCUUUAAAAAAAAACAUUUUUUAGCCUACGGUUACUUAUGGAGAUGCGCAUCUGCUGGAAAGCAAAAACGAACAGCAUACGAAUAGCAUGAAAUUUAAACGAACUUCUCUGCGGACCAAUUCUGAACUAUGAUAUCGAUCAUUAUGAAAUUAAUCAUGAUUACAAUAAUAACUAUAACAAUGAUAACAAAACAAGCGAAAUAGAAGCUAAAAGACAAAGGAACAUCUUUGAAGCGUUCGCGUUUUAUUUUCAACGCUAGUCAUCAACUAUGCAUCCCAUCUGAAUAAAUUGUCAGUCUUCCCUUGUUUAUUUCAAGAGAAAUAGUAAAUAAUACAUGGCGGACGCAGACAUAGGAUUUCUCUUCUCGUGUUCAACUCGAUGUCUCACGAGUUCGCACUAAGCUAGCUGCACUCACUCGUGAGACGUCGAGUUGAACACGAGAAAAGAAAUUCCGAAUCUACCAGCGACCAUGUAUUAUUUUGGUUAUUCACAGUCUUUACCGGCAUGUAAAGUCGACUUUAUUAACGAAAAAAAAAAAAAAGAAAAAAAAAAGGGUCCAUAAUCCAAGAAGAAAGUCGUAAAUUGCGUCGGUGAUAAGGCUAAAGAUGAUAAAAAGCGUUGAAUCAUUAUAAAAACAAGCAAUGGGCGUAAAUUUCAAUUCACAUAAUUCUCUCUCUGGGAACCUCUGAACCAUACCAAAUGAGCUGUCAUUCAUUUUAAUGAUCUAAGACAUAUCUGAUUCGUUCACGCAUGUCGUGUCUGUAUGAAAUAUAUUGCGGUGCGUCGUCGAAGGGUAAAGGGCUAUGUCGCAUGUCUCGCACAGAAAGUAGCCUGUAAAUUCGAAAAGUUAUAUUUCUGUAAUAAGCAGUCAAUUCCAUGCGACACCACAAAAUGAACAAAAGCAUGGAGAGGCGUUUUCCGAGCAGGAAUUCAAAAAUGAAACAAAAUAAAAGUAAAAUAAAAUUAAGACUUAUCAACCACAACUUUUUUACUGAAAAACUUUUUUAACUUCUGGAAGCACAAAACAGAGCAUUGGUAUCAGAUACCAUGUUUAUUACUCUUCUGGUUUCUCGUUUGUUCGUUAGCAAAUGUGACCGUUAUUUCUCUAGAACGCCUGAAUGCAACAGACAUCGUACGAUCAAAAAGUCAGUCUACUGGGUUCUUAUAA